AUGUUUAGUAGCGGCGUGUGCAGCAACAGCAGGUGCAGCGAGGGCCGGUGCAGCAGCAACAGCAGCAGACGCAGCAGAAGCCGGUGCAGCCGUAACAGCAUAGCAGCACGUGCAGCAGCAGCAGCAGCAGCAGCAGCAAGUGCAGCAGCGGCAGCAGCAGCAGCAAGUGCAGCAGCAGCAGAUGCGGAGACGCACAGCGAGCGCAUUUGUAGUAGGCAACGAAAUUUGUGCUCGAAAGAACCAAGCCCACGAUCGCCAUCACAGACUGCAGCAGCAGCAGCAGCAGCAGCAGCAGCAGAAGCAGGAAAGUGGCAAAUCAAGCAGCAGCAAGAGAAGCAGCAGCAGAGACAGCAACGGCAGCGCAGGCAGCAGCAGCAGCAGCAGCAGCAAAGAGCCGCUGAGAAGAGGCCUACAAGCAUUCUUCAGGGACACAACAAAAACAAGCAGCAGCAGCAGACGUUGUUCUUGCUGCUGCUGCUGCUGCUGCUGCUGCUGCUGCUGCUGCUGCUGCUGUUGAUCGGCCGUGGGCGGGGCGCGAGCGGAAGCAGCAGCGGCAGCAGCAGCAGCAGCCAAGAAAAUCAAGCAAAAGCAGCAGCAGCAGAAAAGCCAGCGUUGCAACGCCGCAGCAGGAGGAAGGCCGCUGCUGCUGCAGCCAGCGAAAGCAGCAGCAGCAGCAGCAGCAGCAGCAGCAGCAGCAGCAGCAGCAGCAGCAGACCUGCCGGAGACGUUUUUGACAGUCCAGAAGUCCAGAGAGAGCAGCACCAAAGUGAGGACAAAAGAGACAACAAAGUCGCUGUCUCCUUUUCUCCCCGCAAACAGCACCGAGCCAAACAGGUAGCUGCAGCAGCAGCAGCAGCAGCAGCAGCAGCAGCAGCAGCAGGGGCGAGUGGGCAGCAGCAGCAGCAAAGGCCCCCGCAGCAGCCUUAA